AUGGCCUCCUUCUUCACGGCCGCCCUGAAGAGCUUCCAGGGGGGCAAGGACGAGUCACCCAAGGCAGCCCCCAAGGAGGACAAGGCAGCGGCGCUGCCCAACGGCAUGGCCCGCGAGGAGUUUGAGGAGUACCAGCGGCAGCUGCUGGAGGGGAAGAUCGAGCGGGACAAGAUGUUUGCACAGAGGAAGGCAGAACGGGCCACGGUGCGGAUGCACCUGCGGGACAAGUACCACCUGGCCCAGGACGAGCGGGACGGCGCCCAGGUGCAUGUGGCCGGAGGUGCGGUGGAGCUGCCGCAGGACCUGGCAGCCAUGGUGCACAGCGAGAAGGAGGAGGAGGAGGAUGGCAGCGCCGGGGCCUUCGCCUUCCUGGCGAAGCUGCGGGAGGUGGAGCUGCCGGCGCUGCGGGACCGCGCGCUGGGCGGUGUGGACGAGGUGAAGGAGAAGUGCGUCCUGAUGUAG